GGUAGAUCUUCAGGCCUAUACAGUUGAUCGGUAACCUGGCAAACUGUCUUUCCACGCAUCUGUACAGGGCUGACGACGAUGGAAGACUCUGAACCUUUGCUAGUGGAAACAACAAUCAUUAAGUCAUCGGAAGCAGCAGCUUCAAUCAGAUCAGUCACGGUCUAUCAGGCGCUGCAGGCGGAACGCUUGCCUGGCGACGAACACUUCACACUUGAUGGGGCCAAUCUCGACAAGGUCCUGCUUGUUACCCAUGUCAUGUUACGACCGGGUCCUAAUGUUCGAGGUACCUAUGAUCUCGAAGAUGGCACUGGGAGAAUAUAUGGGAUACGAAACAAUAACGUAGGUCCUGUAGGACAGGAUCCUGCAACGUUCUCGGCCAUGGUACAACAAUGCGACAAUGGUCUAGCUUGCGUCAUUGGGAGACUUACAACCCUGCGCAAUGGCCAGAACAUGCUCAAUAUUGAGUCCAUGAGUGUGGUAGGAUACCACCAAGCUAUGUUUCAUAUCCUUGAAUGUAUGACGACAAGUUUGAUUAUAAUCAAAGGGUCACCAGCACGCAACGAAGGUUCGGAGACGGUCGUUGCACAAGAACUCGAAGGGGACUCGGGAGCAUUUGACCAAUCUUAUUCGAAUCAUUCGUUUUUGGAUCUACCCCAGAAUGAUCAAGGUGGAGGUGUCGGCUUUCCUCAGACCGCCGCGCCAUUGCUACAUGGUGAUCAUAGCGAGAGUUCGAGCUCCGUGUUAACCUUAACACAAGCCGCACCGGAACUUCCUACACGACCUCCCGCCCUUGAGCCCGAAACUACACAUUCUGCCGUUCGGGUAGCCCAUCCUCAUGCAGUCGCGCGAACACCAAGCCCCCUUUCUUCAUUCGGCUACUCGCUUCGCAUCAGCUCUCAUCCCGUUCCACAGUACUAUGGCCAACUGGCUCAAUUGACAGCGACACAAGAUGCUAUCGUUUCCAGCCUCAGUCAGCUCCAGGAUAAUACUCUGUAUGGAGCUUGGAUAGCCGAUGUAUUCGAGAAUGUCACACGAGUGAUCGCGAUCACUUGGGAAGAAUUCAGGUAAAUGGAUCGCUUCACACAAAUGAUAGUUGCUGGUUGAUUCUUUGUGGCUAGCGCCGACAUAGAAUGGCUUCUUGAGCAAGUAUACAUAUUCAGACCACUGGAUGACGAUCGCAUUAUGCUCACGUCUCGCGCAUCGGCUUAAUGGCUUAGCGUACAGUAACCUGCAUAUUGUGAUGGUGAAAGUCAGUGAGUCUCGCAUAACUUAAUAUUAUAAAGCAUUCCUCGAGGUAAUGUGCUCAUGAGUAUUCAUCUAGCCUCCUUCCGGAAAAACAUAUUUGGGCAUGGGGCAUUAUAUAAGUAGGGGUCCUUUAUAGAAGGAAUUUGAGCGUGUUCACUCUGUACUUUUGUUCAUAAUUGCAAGAAACCUGAAGUUUAUGAUACCUGUACGCACUUAGACGAAAAAGGCAACUCCGAAAGAUGUACUUACUGC